AUGAGUUGGAAAGGUUUUCAAAAAGCUGUCAAUCGCUUGCCGUAUCAAUUAUUAUCAAAGAAAAACGAAGGCACCAAGGAUGCCGAAUACAUGCAAUUAGAGAAAGUAUUCAACGAGUUUACCAAGCUUGUUGAAGUACUUGCCAAGGACGCUCGAAUCUUUCGUGAUAGCAUUGCAGCACUCUUGUCUAAUCAGGCCAACAUGGCAGAAUACUUGGCCGUCAUUUAUGAUGCUGCUUUGGGAACGGAAGUGCCAGAGGGAAUGGUUCAGAAACGAUUCCAGCAGACACCGGCUCAUCAAUUACAGGCUGUCAAUGACGCAGAGGCAGCAAUGGCUUAUUGCAGAGAUGAAGUGUUACCAGAAUUAGAUGUGGUGGAUCGAGAUAUUGUGCGACCUCUUUUGGAGUUGACUGAAAUCAUAAAGACAAUUAACAAGACUAUGGUGAAACGCAACCAUAAAUUGAUUGAUUUCGACAGACAUCGCAUUGCUCUCCAAAAACUGAAUGCCAAAACAGAGCGAAGCUUUAGUGAAGAAAAGCAAAUUUUCAAGACUCAAUCGCAAUUGGAUACAGCAACACAAGAUUACAACUAUCUCAACGACAUGUUGAAGUCUGAAUUACCUCGUUUCUUUCAACUCAAGGCAAGCUUCAUUCAGCCCGUUUUCGAAAACUUGUUCAACAUGCAAUCUCGCAUCUAUGGCAUGAUUUACGCUCGUUGUUUUGAGCUGCUGAAUCAAAACAUGGAUGCAUUUGUGACCAAUACAAUGGGCAUCGAAGAAGGCUACAACUACCGCAAAUCGCAGCGUGAUGUACGUGCCGAGUUUGAGAAUAUGGAUUUGCUGAAAUCUGGCGGAAAGGCUUGGUUAGCUGUUUCUGGUGGUGCUAACAACAGCAAAUUAUCGCUACAAGAAAGAGCUGCUCUCAAAGCAGCAGAAGCUAACGGUGGAGGCACCAGUCCCAACAUGGGCAAUACCAAUAGCUAUGAUCCUUACUACAAUCAAAGUGCUCCUGCUGCUCCUCCUGCAUAUGGUCAAACAGGUGUGACAUUGGAUUCAACACCCAUGGGAUAUGAAAAACAACCUGCUUAUCAGCAUCCUGUAGCUCCAGUGCAACAACACAAUCAACCAGCUAAAUUUGUGGUGGCAUUGUAUGAUUAUACUGCUCAGGCUGAUGGCGACUUGAGCUUCAAGAAGGAUGAUCGAAUCGAAAUUAUUGAAAAGACUAACGAUACAAAUGAUUGGUGGACAGGUAGAUUAAAUGGUAUUACUGGUGUAUUCCCAGGCAAUUAUGUUCAAGAAUUUUAG